AUGAAGGAGGUGUGGGGCAGUGGGAACAGACCGGUUAGUGUUGGAAUGAACGAGGUGUGGGGCAGUGGGAACAGACCGGUUAGUGUUGGAAUGAAGGAGGAGUGGGGCAGUGGGAACAGACCGGUUAGUGUUGGAAUGAAGGAGGUGUGGGGCAGUGGGAACAGACCGGUUAGUGUUGGAAUGAAGGAGGAGUGGGGCAGUGGGAACAGACCGGUUAGUGUUGGAAUGAAGGAGGUGUGGGGCAGUGGGAACAGACCGGUUAGUGUUGGAAUGAAGGAGGAGUGGGGCAGUGGGAACAGACCGGUUAGUGUUGGAAUGAAGGAGGUGUGGGGCAGUGGGAACAGACCGGUUAGUGUUGGAAUGAACGAGGUGUGGGGCAGUGGGAACAGACCGGUUAGUGUUGGAAUGAAGGAGGAGUGGGGCAGUGGGAACAGACCGGUUAGUGUUGGAAUGAAGGAGGAGUGGGGCAGUGGGAACAGACCGGUUAGUGUUGGAAUGAAGGAGGUGUGGGGCAGUGGGAACAGACCGGUUAGUGUUGGAAUGAAGGAGGUGUGGGGCAGUGGGAACAGACCGGUUAGUGUUGGAAUGAAGGUGUGGGGCAGUGGGAACAGACCGGUUAGUGUUGGAAUGAAGGAGGUGUGGGGCAGUGGGAACAGACCGGUUAGUGUUGGAAUGAAGGAGGUGGGGGGCAGUGGGAACAGACCGGUUAGUGUUGGAAUGAAGGAGGUGCUAGGUUGA